AGGAUGGAGAUGCUCCAGGGGCUGCUGCUGUGGCUGCUGCUGAGCGUGGCCGGGGUGUGGGCACCCAGGGGGCCACUGCGGCCGCUGUGCCGGCCCAUCAACGCCACCCUGGCCGCUGAGAAUGAGGCCUGCCCUGUCUGCAUCACCUUCACCACCAGCAUCUGUGCCGGCUACUGCCCCAGCAUGGUUCGGGUGCUGCCGGCUGCCCUGCCGCCUAUGCCGCAGCCAGUGUGCACCUACCGCGAGCUGCGCUUUGCCUCCAUCCGGCUCCCCGGCUGCCCGCCUGGUGUGGACCCAACGGUUUCCUUCCCCGUGGCCCUCAGCUGUCACUGCGGGCCCUGCCGCCUCAGCAGCUCUGACUGUGGGGGUCCCAGAGCCCAGCCCUUGGCCUGUGACCGCUCCCCUCGCCCAGGCCUCCUCUACCUCUAAGGAUCCCCACCUCAACCUCC